AUCCAGGCUUCCCAAGCUCAUUUCACUUGAUCACCUCGAUUUAUCUUUUGCGCGGGUCGAGGCAUCUAUCUAUAUUCCUAGUCUUUCUAUCGCGACCUCAUCACAGCUUCAUAUCUCACAAUGUUACCAUUGGGCAUUCUAACGGCCGCGCAAGGCCACCCGAUGCUUGUCGAGCUCAAGAACGGCGAGACUCUUAACGGCCACCUCUCCAACUGCGAUAACUGGAUGAACCUGGUGCUGAAGGAGGUUGUGCAAACAAGUCCCGAGGGUGACCGCUUCUUCAAGUUACCAGAGGUCUACGUGAGGGGAAACAAUAUCAAAUACCUACGGAUCCCCGAAGAAAUCAUCGACAUCGUCAAGGAGCAGCAACACGCUCGCGACUCGGGUCGCGGUCGGGGUGGCUACAGAGGUGAUGGACGAGACCGGGGUCGUGGGGGCCGUGGACGCGGUCGGGGCAGAGGGCGAGGUGGAAACUAAGGAGUGGAAUAUCACCGUAUUUUCCUUCUUUUUUCCUUAUGUUUUUUUUUUUUUUUUUUUUU